UUUGCCCACAAUCUGAUCAACCCUCAUGUUAUCAACAGUGCAGAGAGGAAACGUCUGGCCCACAUCUGUAGUGGGGUUUUUUUAAGGAAGGGGCACAAGUUUAGCACGAAAUGGACUGUGAAAUCGUAUGGCUGGUCUGAGAUAAUCCAGCAUCAUCAUAUCUGUUCAAUUGGUUUGCAGAGUGCUGAAGAGGAAGGUGUCUGUCCUCUGAUAUAGCGAUGGACCAGUGAGCUUUGAACUUGGCUGGCAACUCAUAGUAAUCCUCAAGCCUUAGACUGGACUCUACUACUUCACUUUCAUCUUCUCAUCAGCAACCAUGUACAGCAGUGGCUACUCCCAGGUGUCCAAACACAGUCCGCAGGCCCAAAAGAGGAUGCAGUACCGCUCAAAGGGCAAGAGCUGCGGCUACUACAUGCGCAUUGUCUUCUUCUUCUCUUCACUUAUUCAGUCUCUUAUCAUAGUUAGCCUCGUGCUCUUCCUGGUCUACGGUAAGAAUCAGGACUCGGCAUCCACAGCGCGCAUCCAGGACCUGGAGGAGAGCUUCAGCCGACUCUCCAUAGAGAAUGUCGGCCUCAGGCAGCAGAGGAAGAACCUGACCACCUUACUCAAUGCCACCCUGACUGAAAAGGCCCGUAACGACUGGGACUUGGUCAAAAUCCGCCACCUCAUCAACAUCUCAGUGGUCAUGAUCCAAGACUUAGAGAAGAGACACCAACAGUGCAAUACCGAGAUGAUGAUGUACAGGAUCUCAGGUCAAGGCUGCAAAGUACUAAUGCCAACUCCCGAUACCUGCAACUGUGGUAUGCUGGUUGAACGGAUGAAAGCCAGGCUUGAUCUUGUUGAGUCCAACUUCACCCAAACAAUCAAGACGAUGAGGGUAGAAGUGGAGCAGACUGCCAGAGAGAGAGACUACAUUAACCUGGAGGCCAUCCGUCUGAGGAGGGACAAAUCCACACAAGAAAAGGAGCUGCAGUUCUAUAAACAAAGAUGUAAAGAGGACUUUUCCCAGUCCUUGAGCGGUGUCUCCAAUGUCUCCAAGGCUUUCCUACUGAAGAUUGAAUCCCUCUUCCCAACACACAUUGCAUUCCAGCUCACCUGUCCGAAACAGAGGGAACACCUGGAGCAGAUCCGAGCCAAUUGCACCAACCUGUCCAGAGAAGUGGAGGACAAGCUCCAGCGUUACCUGAACACUGUGGGAGAGCAGGUGUCCGAAAUCCAAGCUGAGAACAGUCGCUUCAAGGCAGAGAACUGGCGACUGUCUGAGGACUACCGCUGGUGCACGCAGAACCGCUCAGGCCUGAUUCAGGAGCACAAACAGAACUUUGAAAAGCUUCAGCGGAAACAUGAUCAGGACAAGGAGAAACUCCUGAUGGAGAAGAUGAGGCUAAUUGGAGAGAAAGAAGUCCUGGAACAAAGUGUCAGAUACAAAAGUAAAGAGGUUGAUCACCUCACAGUGCAAGUCAAGCAUCUCAACAUGUCCUGUGUGCGUAAGCCACAGUUUGGUGGGUCGACCACUCAGCUAGGCACAUCGAGUCAGUCUGGGUGGAACUGGUCUAAUGGUGGAGGAUCCAGUUCUGCCACAUCCAGCUCUACUGGUAGGGUAGGUGGGUUGGGUUCUAGCUUUGGCUCAUCUGGAACACAAUUCAAUAAGCUAGGAUCAACCGGGACGGGCUCUUCAAGCUCAUCUUUCGGGUCAAUUCCAAGCCUCGGCUCCAGUGGUACAGGAUUCAAUAAGCUAGGAUCAACCGGGACGGGCUCUUCAAGCUCAUCUUUCGGGUCAAGUUCAAGCCUCGGCUCCAGUGGUACAGGAUUCAAUAAACUAGGAUCAACCGGGACGGGCUCUUCAAGCUCAUCUUUCGGGUCAAGUUCAAGCCUCGGCUCCAGCAGUACAGGAUUCAAUAAACUAGGAUCAACCGGGACGGGCUCUUCAAGCUCAUCUUUCGGGUCAAGUUCAAGCCUCGGCUCCAGCAGUACAGGAUUCAAUAAGCUAGGAUCAACUGGGACGGGCUCUUCAAGCUCAUCCUUCUCGUCACUUGGGUCAAAUCCAAGUCUUAGCUCAAGUGGGAUAGGUUUAAAUAAGCCAGCCCUGGGUGCGAGAGGCUCAUCAACCAUUGGGUCAUCCUCUGGCUCUCUUGGGUCAAGUUCGAGCCUUGGCUCAAGUGGGAUAGGCGCAAACAAGCCUACAUCAAAUGCAAAAAGUUCCCAAGUGUUUGGUUCUUGGUUUGGGACGGGGAAUAGUAACUCAGGACAAAGUAAGCCAGGAAGUGGAACAGGGAAAGUACUAUCAAGUGGGAGUAGUUAUGGUGGAACUGGAUCAUCACUUGGAAGGACAAAUGGAGUGGGAGGUGGCUCAGUCAAUGUCGCUCAGCACCUUCAAGAGUUGCAGCGCAUCAUCAACCCCUCUAGCCCACAGGACAAACAAGAUCUCUCCAGGAUGUUGGGUUAGUCCAUCUGAGCCAAAAGAAAAAUCUAAAGAGAUUUGUCCAUUUCAUCUAAUACACACAGCCAAAUGCAAGCUGUCAUAUUGAGUUUAUAUAUUGUAUAACAAUAAAUGUACUAUACAAAAUUUAUAUACAUUAUGUGUACUAUACAUUGUUUAUGAUUGUUUAUAUUUCAAUAUGCAUUUAUGAAAUAAUUUGAAUAACUUUUGCACUUUUGAAUGUAAAAUGUGAAGUCAGUGUUAAUGAUUUGUAUCUACAGUAAGCCACUUAUCAUGAAUAAGCACAUGUAGUACUUUUACAAUGUAAAUACAUAAAAAUAAAAUGUUUGUUUAAACGUAAACACUU